AUGCCGAUCAGAAACAUCGCCGUUGGCCGGCCGGAGGAGGCUACUCGUCCCGAUGCUUUAAAGGCGGCGUUGGCUGAGUUCAUAUCAACUUUGAUCUUCGUUUUCGCCGGUUCAGGCUCCGGAAUGGCUUUCAACAAGCUUACCGAUAACGGAGCCACCACUCCUUCCGGCCUCGUAGCCGCCGCGUUGGCUCACGCCUUUGGACUCUUCGUUGCUGUCUCCGUCGGAGCAAACAUCUCCGGUGGACACGUUAACCCUGCCGUUACUUUCGGUGCUUUCGUUGGUGGUAACAUCACUCUCCUCCGUGGUAUCCUCUAUUGGAUCGCUCAGCUUCUCGGCUCCGUCGUCGCUUGUCUCCUCCUUAAAGUCGCCACUGGCGGUUUGGUGGUUCCGGCUUUUGGCCUCUCUGCCGGAGUGGGAGUCUUGAACGCCUUUGUUUUCGAGAUCGUGAUGACAUUCGGGCUUGUUUACACCGUCUACGCCACCGCGGUGGAUCCUAAAGCCGGGAGUCUUGGAACCAUCGCUCCGAUCGCAAUCGGUUUCAUAGUUGGAGCCAACAUCUUAGCCGGAGGAGCUUUCAGUGGAGCAUCCAUGAACCCAGCCGUGGCUUUCGGACCAGCGGUGGUGAGCUGGACUUGGACUAACCACUGGGUCUACUGGGCCGGACCACUCGUCGGAGGUGGAAUCGCCGGACUCAUCUACGAGGUCUUCUUCAUCAACACCACCCACGAACAACUCCCCACUACCGACUACUGA